AUGUCUCUCGCCAGCUCUCGUCACGUCGCCGCCGUCGCGCCAUCUGCGAGACCAAGGAUCCCGCUGCUUUCGAGGACUGGAUCGGAUGAAAGAGAUUGGGACACAAAAACUGAUGAAAUGCAAGUUGAGCAUAUUUGGCCAGCAAGCUACGCCUCUGGAAACACAACAGCUUGGGAGUCUGAGAAUGACUGGCCCAUUGCUGAGUUGAUGGCGGACAUGUACCAGGCGCUGGAUCGGCUGGAAUGCACCAGCACUGGAGACAAGAGUCCGAGUGGAGGUUUUAUUCUGCGGCAAAGUCUUGACACCCAUUUGUCGCGCUUCCAUCUAUCGACCUCUGAGUCCUCCAUGGAAUCAUGGAGUCCAGCACUGCGAAACUAUGGAUCCCCACCACCCUCAUACGAUGAGUCGGUUGCAGAUAUGCCCCCAGACUACACUUUCACCAAUGCGCUAGCAUUUGCGAAAACGCCUGAUUCUUCACCGUUUCUUUCUUUCCGCGCCUCAUUAUGCUCUAGUCUCAAUCAUUUGCGCAAACACAACAGUUCAUCUCCAAAGUCUUCAUUCCUCCUCGAUGUGAAAUCUCCAUAUGUGGACAUCGACUUUGGCUAUAGUGAUAGCGGCAUCAGAUCGCACGCGAAGAAAGCCAAGAAAGCAGCAGCUAAGAAACCCGCGGCAGCACCUCCGCCAGCGGAUGACAACAAAGGAGAAGAAGCUGGUGGUGGCGAUAACGGUGGGGGUGACCCGCCUGCCGAUAGCGGGGCUGGAGGCGAUGGUGGCGACGGGGAUAAGGGGAAGAAGAAGACCAAAAAGGAAAAGGAGGAAGAAGAGCGCUUGAAGAAGGAGGAGGAGGAGCGUGCGAAGAAAGAGGAGGAAGAGCGUCUUGCGAAGGAAGAAGAGGAACGCUUGCAAAAGGAGGAGGAAGAACGUCUUGCGAAGGAGGCUGAAGAAGAAGCCGAGCGCAAGAAGAAGGAAGAGGAAGAAGCAGCCGCUGCAGCUGCAGCGAAACCGUCGAUAUUAAGUGCCACCUCAGGUUUAAGCUGGGGAAAGGAGCCAGCUUCAAACACAGAUGACUGGGCAUCUUUUGGCGCGGCCGCUCCCGGCAAGAAGAAGAAGGGCAAAAAGGGGAAGGCCGAGCCCACACCCCCGCCUCCUCCUGACCCUCCAGCAGAACCGCCGACAACGUUCGACGACAUCAUUCUUGACGAAGGAAGCGCUCCAAAGAUUGACAUGAAUUUCGGUGAUACAGGCGAAAAGAAAUCUGGAUUUGGACUUCCUGGACUUAGCAGUUGGACUUCUGGUUGGGGCUCAUCGAACAAAGACGCUAGUGCUGAAAGCGACAAUCCUUGGGGUUCUUCAGAUAAGAAGAAGAAGAAGGAUGAUGGUUUCGACUUCGACUUCGAUGCGUUCAAGAGUCCCCCAGCUGAGGAGAAGCCUGCUGAAGACGACGGAUGGGGUGGCUUAGGCGCCACGACCAAGGUCAAGAAGAAGAGCAAGAAAGGGGCCUUGAUUGAUGACAGUGUACCGGAAGUUCCUCCUCCACCGCCAGAGCCUGAGAAGAAAGAGGAGGACGACUCAUGGGGGGCAUUCAGCUUUGGUGGCACCGCAAAGGACAAGAAGAAAAAGAAGAAGGGAGUGGUUGAGGAAGAGGCCCCACCACCUGAGCCAGAACUGGAACCUGUCGUCGAUGAGCCGUCACCUGUCAAAGAAGAGGAUCCAUGGGGUGGUGGAUGGGGAGCGGCUGCUGCUGGUACCAAGAAGAAGAAAGGUAAGAAAGGAGCCAAGGAAGAACCGCCUCCCGAACCAGAACCGGAACCGGAGCCGGAGCCGGUACCUGAACCGGAGCCGGAACCUGAGCCCCCAAAGGUAGAGGUAGAUCCUUAUGCAGGGCUUAGUAAGUCACAAGCGAAGAAACUUAAGGCCAAGUUGGACAAAGAGGCCAAGUUGAAGGAAGAGGAAGAUGCGAAGCGCCAGAAAGAGGAGGAAGAGGCUGCUGAGAUCAGACGACAGGAAGAAGAAGAGGCAGAACGGAUACGCCUAGAAGAGGAGGAAGCCGAGUUAAAGAGGAUGGAGGAAGAGGAAGCUGCCGCUGCCGCCGCCGAAGCCGAGAAGAGCAAGAAAGACGACCUCUGGGGCGAUUGGGGUGGUGCUGCUCCGACGACGUCCAAGAAGAAGAAAAAGGGCAAGAAAGGUGCAGAGGAAGAAGUUCCACCUCCUCCUCCACCACCUCCGCCUGAGCCCGAAGUCGAGCCUGAGCCUGCUCCUGAGGAGAAGCCCGCCGACCCUUGGGACGAUUGGGGCUCAGCAGCCCCUAUCACGAAGAAGGGAAAGAAGAGCAAGAAGGGAGUCAUUGAACCGGUCGUCGAGGAGCCACCGCCACCGCCAGAACCGGAGCCUUCCCCGCCACCAGAAGAAGAGAAGGGGUCCGACUGGGGUCUGAGUUCGAUCUGGGGCGGAUCGAAGAAAAAGAAAAGGAACCAGUCGGUCGAGUUAGACGCGUUUCCUGCAGCUUCACCAGAGCCUGUCAUCGAAGAACUCGCUUCCGUUCAUCAACCCGAAGAUGUUGAAGAGCCCAAGGAAGACGAAUCUGACGACUGGGGCGCACCGUCAUGGAGCAAGAAAAAGAAGAAGGACCCAAAGAAGGACGCGCCAGUAGAAGUCAUUGAAGACACCAUGACACCUGUUCAAAAACCAGAUGAGGACGACCCUUGGGGUAGCGCAGCUUUCAAUAUCGGCAAGAAAGCAAAGAAGGGUAAGAAGGGGCUCGUUCCGCCUAACGUGCCCACGCCCCCGGGAGAGUUUGAUGGAGACUUUCCGGUACCCAAAGAAAUCGAAGCUCCCCCGCUAGCUGAGGACGGAGAUAUCUGGGGUGCUGCUGCUAAGGUAUCCUCAAAGAAGAAGGGCAAGACCGUGGGCAGUCUUCUUAGCAAAUUUGAGCCUCAACCCCCUGCUCCAACCGACACCUUCGAGGAUCUCAUAUCGCUUGACGAACCACCACCAGUCGAAGAACCAGUUGUGGAAGAACCGCCCGUUGAAGAGAAGAAGAAGAGUAAGAAAGAUAAAGAGAGUUCAAAGUCAAGCAGCAUGUGGGGCUCUCUGGGCGGCUCUAAAGUGCCGAAAAAGGAAACUUCCUUGGAAAAGAGAGCGCGAGAGAAACGUGAGAAGAAGGAGCGGGAAGAGCAGGAGCGUCUAGAACGGGAGGCUGCUGAGAAAGAGGAAGAAGAGCGUCUCGCCCGUGAAGCUGAGGAGGCGGCUGCAGCUGAACAGGCACGUAUCGAGGCUGAAGCCGAGGCAGCACGCAUAGCAGAAGAGGAGCGACUAGAGGAGGAGCAGAGGAAGCGCGAGGAGGAGUCAGCAGCCUCGAAGCUCGCAGGCUGGGGCGCCAGUAUCUGGGGCGGAGGAAAGAAGAAAGAAUCCUCCAGAGAAAAGAGACUCCGUGAGAAGAAAGAGGAAGAAGAGCGUUUGGCGAAGGAAGCUGCUGAACAAGCAGAGAGGGAGCGUCUUCAGCGUGAGGAAGAGGAGCGUCUUCAGCGCGAAGAAGAGGAACGCUUAGAACAGGAACGCCUUCAGCGUGAAGAAGAGGAACGUAUCGCGGCAGAAGAAGCUGAGCGUGCUGCUGAAGAAGAACGGCAGCGUAUUGAGGCUGAAGAACUUGAGGCAGCACGUAAGGCCGCGGAAGAGGAAGAAGCCCGUCGUAUCGCUGAGGAGGAAGCUAAGGCAAGUUCUGGGUGGGGCAUGUUUGGUCUGGGUAAGAAGAAGGAGUCGACGAAGCAGAAGCGUGAGCGAGAGGCCAAGGAAAAGAAGGAGCGUGAAGAGAAGGAGCGGCUAGAACGUGAAGCUAGAGAAGCCGCUGAAGCCGCUGAAGCUGAAGCAGCUGCAGCUGCAGCCGCGGAGGAGGAAGCGCGUCUUGCGAAGGAAGCUGAGGAAGCCGAGUUUGCUCGCAUUGCUGCCGAACAGGACAUGGUCCUCGAGCCCGAGCCGCCAGUUCCCUCGAAAGAGAAGAAGAAGAAAAAGAAGAGGGGGGUUGUUGAAGAACUCCCUCCACCUCCUCCGCCUCCACCCGCUGAGCCUACAAACGAUGACGACUUGUUUGAUCUUAUCAAAGAUGAAGAUGCGGGCGAGCUUUUGGCUGAACUCGAGAAGCCCACUAGGAAAGAACAGAAGGCCGCAGAAACAGGCUGGGGUAGCGCAUGGGGUAUCUCUCUCCGCAAGACGAAGCCUGAACCGGCACCUGUUAUUCCCGACCCUGAACCGGAGCUAGAACCAGAGCCUGAGAUGCAAGGGAUGGAAGAGCCUGAAGAGUCUCCAGAGCCUCCAGAAGAGCCGGAGCCGGAGCCAGAGGUCAUCGAGGAACCUCCGCCACCAAAACUCACGCCCAAGGAGGAGCGAAGACUCAAAAAGUCCAAGAAACAUCGACAAGCCGAGCCCGAACCGGAACCUGAGCCUGAGCCAAUCGUCGAAGAACCCGAACCUGAACCCGAACCUGAACCCGAGCCUGAACCGGAGGUGGUCGUGGUGGUCGAAAAACCCAAGAAGAAGCUUUCAUCCAAGGAGAAGAAGAAACUGGAAGAAGAGAAGCUGAAAGAGGAGAAACGACUGAAGAAGCUCAGGAAGAAGGGGAUAGUAGAAGCUCCGCCUCCGCCUCCACCUCCCCCUGAACCCGAAGCUGAACCUGAACCAGAGCCAGAGCCAGAGGUGCCUGCCGAGAGGUCGCCUGGAGUUGGUGCAUUCCCUGAUGACGAUGACGAUAUGAUGGACUUUGCUGAUGCGCAGGAGCCGCCACCAGAGGAGCCUGCAGUACCAGAACCAGAACCCGAGCCUGACGUUGAGCCGGAGCCUGAACCAGAACCUGAGCCAGUUUCCAUUCUCCAGCAGUUGCAGAAGCUGAAGAAGACCAAGAAGAGCAGUAGAUCAAGGGGCAUGACAAUUGACGACCCUCCACCUCCACCGCCACCUCCAGAACCUGAGGCUGAACCGGAGCCGGAGCCAAUCGUGGAAGAGGAAGAGCCUGAACCUGAUCCGGAAGACGAACCUGAGCCUGAACCAGAACCAGAACCAGAGCCAGUUGUAGUGGUGCCUGAGAAGAAGAUCAAGAAAUCUAAGAAAAGCAGCAAGUCAUACAGGCGCCAUACAGAGCCAGAACCUGAACCUGCACCUGAGCCGGAACCGAUUGUUGAAGAGCCCACUGAAGAUGCAGAUCCGGGGGACAUGGACGACGAAGAUGCAGACGUCAAACUUCCUACUCCACCUCCAGAAUCUCCAAGAAAGGAGCGCGCUAAGCUGGGUCGCAGUGCUACCACAGCCGGAGGCUGGGGCCUCUUUGGUGCAGCCAAAAGCUCCAAGACUAGGAGAGUAUCCGGUGGUGAAGAAGGCGCAGGCAAGCCUGAUAUGCCCCGCACAAAGUCUGCGCGAACCUCGUCUACUCGGGACAACGACAUGAAGUCACGAUCAUCAGGCUCAAAUGAAGUGCACAUGUCUAAGCCAACAGUAUCACGUUCCAAGUCAACACGCGCUGCUACCGGACUAGGUGCCAUGUUUGGUGUUGCGGCGCCGCCCCCGCCUUCGCGCUCAAAGUCGCAUCGCACCAAGACGUUAUCGCGCCGACCUUCAAUUGAUCAGGACGCUGCCAUGAUGUCGCCGCCACAAACAGAUACCGACGCGAGGGUGUCUUCAAAGGCCGCCAAGAUGAUGGGUAUGAAAAGCUCGUCGCGCAGGACCAGUACAAGGGACGCCAGAGACAAGGGCAGGUCUUCUCGAGGUAAGCCGUUCCCCGCUAAGCAUGAUACGCCUGUAAUUGGCCGGCGUAGCCGUAAGCAAACACAUGGAGCUAACCGCAUGGCUGCUGUUCCAGACCCAUAUCCUGUAGACGAUGACCAAGAUCUCGACGAUGAGUCUCCUCCCCCAGCAACCCGUCCAGAAACAUCGCGUCGCAAAUCUAAGCGCGACUCAGCGCAACCCCUCGAGCCCGUGACUGCACCACCUAGCGCUGACGACCCUAUCAUUGUUGACCCUAUGGACCUGGACCCUGUCCCAGCUGAAGCUGAACGGCCCCGCCGCGAACGAGAGCGGGAGCGACCUCGCCGUGCGCGCGGCAACUCUGAUGCCAUCAACACGCUUGCUGGUGUCGCAGGCACUGCUGCAGCUGUAAAGGGCUUCAAGGGAAUGUUUGGCCUCGGUCGCAAGAAGACUGCGCCGGCUGAAGAGGCACCCCGCGAGCGCCGUCGCACCGCCUACGAGACCGAAGACGAGCGCAGACAUCGCAAACGAUCAACAACCCGCGGGGGAGCAACAGAAGAUGAGGCAAAGCGAUUGCGACACGAGCGCCGCAGCUUGCGCAAUCCUCCCCCCGAAGAUAUCAUGAUGUCUGGCGCGAAUGGCACUCCUGACGAUUAUGAUGCGGAACGAGAGGCAAGACGAGCUGAGCGUAGGGCCAAGCGCGAUGCAGAGAAAGGAUCUCGACGUGCUGAGCUCGAAGAAGCAGAGGCUAAGGCAGAACGCCGCCGCGAGCGUCAGCGUGAGAAUGAACAAGCGACUCUUGCAGAGAAGAAAGCUCGCCAAAUGGCCGAAUUGGAGCGGCGCAACCAGGAAGCCGAGGAGCAACUGCGCCGCAUGGCAGAGAAGGAGGAACGAAAGAAAGCACGAGGCGGAGACGAACGAGAGCGCGAGAAGCGUUCUUCGCGCCGCAAAGAAAAAGAUCGCGAAGAGCCCCGUCCAAAGACCGAACGCCGUCGAACAACACAUGUGGACGAGGAUGCAGAACGCCGUCGUCGUCACGAAGAACGCCGCGCUGCUAGACGCAACUCCGACUACCCAGUGCAAGCUAGCGGCGAGCCUAUCACUGAUUAUUUCGACGAGCGCAACGGCGCAAGGCGUUCGAAACAUCGCAGUUCGCGCCAGGCUCCCGAGGAAGAGAACAUGCCGUACAUCAACAACAAGAGCGGCGAUAAGACCUCCUCUUGGGUCGAGUCUCUCGCCGAGGAGCCACCCCUCCCUCCACCCAUCUCCGAAACAGUUCUCGAUCCCGCCCCGGGCACCCGUGAGGAGCUCGACGACGAAGAAACUUUCUCCCAAGACGAAGACGUCCGCCUGCGUAUCGCCGGCCGCAGGGGACCAAAGCGCGACAAAGAGCGCGCUGAGCGCCGCAAAGCUGAAGACAAGGAACGUGACCGCGACAGGUCACACAAACAUAGUCGAAGGGCGACGCACUAUGAAGGCAUGAAGGUGCCAGAAGAGGAGGUGGAGAGAAAGAGGACCUCGCGCAGGACGAGCUAUGCACCUGCGUAUGAAGAGCUGCCCGUUCGUACUUGGGAUGGCAGACCAGCCGUCAAUGGCGGUGCGCCUACUGCCAAGAGGGGAAGUUGGAUGAAGAAGUUCUUCUAA